AUGGCGAACGAAAAUGCACCGUUCGAUCCGUACGAAUCGAUACGAUACAUCCCGGCGCGCUACAACUACGAAGAUUCCGAUAAUUCGGCCCUGAGCCUCGUCCUCACCCUGCGGCCGGAAUGGCGCGAAACAAAAGACUCGGUCGAGUUUGUGCGCUUCACGGACGGCAUCACCAACACGCUCCUCAAGGCAAUCAACAAGCAGCCAGGUCUGUCCCAGGCACAAAUCGACAACGAAGCGGUCUUGCUACGAGCGUAUGGAAAAGACACCGAAGUCUUGAUAGACCGCAAGAAGGAAACCUCGUCGCAUUGUCUGCUCGCCCGCCACGGCCUGGCUCCUGCGUUGCUCGCUCGCUUCGACAACGGUCUCCUAUAUAAGUACCUGCAGGGCAAUGUCUGCUCGCCCGCAGACUUGCGCAAGCCGGAAGUAUGGCGCGGGGUGGCACAAAGGCUCGGGCAAUGGCACGCGGAACUACCAAUCAAUAGCAUCAGCACAACAUGUCCCACACCUACACAGAUCGCUCCUUCCAAAACCAAACGUGCUUCACUUGUGGCCAUGGCAGAUCUGACGCCAGGCAAGCCGAUCCCGAACGUGUGGACCACGAUGCAGCGAUGGAUCCUCGAGUUGCCCAUAAGCACCACUCAACAACUCGAGCGCCGGACCCUCCUCCAGAAGGAACUGCAAUGGCUAGUUGCUCGUCUGGGCGACACCCCUGGUGUUGGAGGCACAAACCCCUUCGUCUUCGCCCAUUGCGACCUGUUGAGCGGCAAUGUCAUCAUUGAGCCCGCGCCCUCGUCUGCUUCGGCGUCGCGCCGCUCCAGCGCAUCCGGUGGCUCUGAAGAGAACGAACCGCCCGCUACCGUAUCCUUCAUUGACUACGAGUAUGCCACGCCGGCGCCUGCCUCCUUUGACAUCGCAAACCACUUCGCCGAGUGGGGCGGCUUCGAUUGCGACUUCACCGUUCUGCCCACGCGCCACGUGCGCCGAGCGUUUCUGCGCGAAUACCUGUACAGCUUCAGCAUGCACAUGAACCGCGUAUUCAAAGAAUCUGAGCUAGACGAUUUGUUCGACCAGGUCGACGCCUUCCGCGGCGUCCCCGGCUUCUACUGGGGGAUAUGGGCACUGAUUCAAGCCAAGAUUUCCUUGAUCGAUUUCGACUAUGCGAGCUAUGCUGAAGUAAGAUUAGGGGAAUACUGGGCGUGGAAGCGCGAGAUGAACGGCGAGCGGGCUGCUGCUGGAGAGCAGGUGCCGGUGCGGGAGAGGCGGUGGGCACAGGAUGAGUAG